AUGGCCAGUCCGUCUCUGACCGUUGGGGGACGCUCUGCUCGCAAGAGGACCUCAGAGGCCUGCGAAAGGUGCCGUGAUAAGAGGAUAAAAUGCAAUGGCCUUCAACCAUGCGACCAAUGCCAGAAGAAGGAGGCCGAAUGCGUUUUUGCCUUUGCUCCCCAGGGAGGGAAGGCCUUUGCAUAUCAACUUGUCCCCACCGAGAUGCGACGCGAAGGACUCGUACAACUGAACCCGCAGACCGGAUGCUUUGAAUACUACGCUUCGUCCUUGGGAAAGAGGAUAAGCUUCAUGGAAGAAACGCCAAACUCUACACCUCUACCCAAGAAACGUCGCCUCGGCCAGAUCAAUCAACCCUCAAAGCCGUAUUCUGACAGGCCGAGGAGUCUCGGCCUGGACGAGCUCACCGGAUUCUGCGACUACGUCAUUGCUCCAAAUACAUUACGAUAUGACCGCUCCCUGCGCGAUGGGAUUGCCAGUCGACACCUGGCUGCCUUCUUCCGCACCAUCCACUUGUAUAUGCCGAUCCUCGACCAAGCCAAAUUCGAGUCAAAAUACAACACCCUCCGUACACUCUUCGGUGACAGGAGACUUUUCUCUCCAACACACGAUGACCCCAAUAGGCCGCAGUUUGUGUGUCUUCUGUAUGCGGUCCUGGCCAUGGGGGCACUUUACGAGGAUGACAGGGAGGAUAGCCCAUCGUGGGCAUCGUGGUACUUUGCCGAAGCACAAGAUAUGCUCGGCCGGCUUUUGGAGGCGGCCAACCUCCAGUUGGUGCAAGCUGCGCUGUUCCUGGGUGCAUAUGCUCAACACGCCAUGAAACCUAGCUUGGCAUACAUUCUGACGGGGACCGCAACCCGCUUGGCCUUCUCUAUUGGCCUAAAUAUUGAAUCUGAGUACCGUUUCCUCCCGUUCGAUGUCGAAGAAUCACGACGGACAUAUUGGAUGGCCUUCAUUCAAGAGGUGGAACUGAGUUUGGAUUCGGGCCGUCCCAUGACGUUUCCGACAUCAGAAGCAAUUGUGAACUACCCUACAGAUCAGCUGCUUUCAAACGAAUCUACUUCACGGCACCCGCCAGCCAACUUUAUACGGCACCUCGCAGAUAUCGCUAAGAUCAUGCAAAGAGUACUGCAACUGGUCAAUACUCCCACAGACCAACAAAAGUCGGCUGGCUACGAGGAAGUGGAGGAAUUGCGGCAGGAACUAGUGUGUUGGCGCGUGUCCCUUCCUCCCUAUUUUCGCUUCGAGGAGAUUGAAGGCGAGGGCGAUCCGCCUUGCGAUGCCGUGUCUGAUUCAAAGAGACAACAAGGCUCACUUAGGAUCCAUCAGGAACGGCAAGAAGACUGGGAUCUCUGUAACGUUGCAGUCGAAAUAUUCGAAAAGAUCGAACUCAAAGCCUCCAAGAGAUGCGCCGAGGUCGUGCGUCAGUUUUUGACACGGUGGGAUUGCCCCAAGCCUCAACCUUCCUCAGACAACACGACUUCGAUCCCAUCGGGGAGCCUACGGGAAGGAAUUCUUCCGCAAUCGAAUGCAACCCCGGCUGCACAGCCUUUGACACCAUUUCCUUCCAAUGCACAAGAGCCAGUUGGCAGUCCAGUCUUCGCAUCAGAGGGGGGAUUUUCCCGCCGCACAAGUGUACGGAAUAAAUCGCAGGUACCUUGCGAACCUCCCGGCAGCGUCGUCAGCGCGGACGAUGCCACAACGGCUUCGCCACCCGUUUCGCUGAGCGGGCUGCAAGCCGAGCUGUACGGUGCUUUCUACGACAACGACCAGGACGCCUUCGGAUUCGACGCCCCGCCACCACCUCUACUAGGUAGCAAUGACCCUACUGCUCAUGCGUUGGGCUUGUGCUUCGAUGUGGUAACCGACUUGAGCUGGCUUCAGUCUGGCAACCUGGAUCCUUGUAAUGUACGCCUGCCAAGGGAUUGGCAGCCAUGA